UUAAUGAAUAUACGAUUCUUAAUCAAUGAAACUUGCUGUUUUAAGCUUGAAGAUUCAGACAAAUUAGUACUAUUGCAUAGAUAAAAUUUUGGUUAACCUCUCUUUGUAGGUUCUCUGCCUCUCUACUAGUAGUCUAGUACCAUAUAUUAGCAGCCGUUUUUUUUCAUCUGUUGCACCCUGAAACUCAUUUGGACUCCAUGAAUUCAGCGCAGCUAAAGAAGAUGCACUCGGAGCCACCAUGCAGCAAUCCGAAUUGUUUCUUCUGCACCAUGCGUGAGCCGGACCCGUCUCAAAGAAGAGCAAAGCUCGAGCAAUGCUUCAAAGAGAUGCCUCUCAGAGAUGAUGAAGAGCACGUGUUGGUCUUAAGUGGGCUGUGGAACAUUUCCAUGACUCGACCCGAUGAUCCAGAGUUUCCUUCCCUUGGUAUAUUUGAAUGCAUGGCCAAGCUUAUCCAUAGAGGCAUCACUGAUCAAAACUGGCUUCUUAGAGGUCAGAACAUCUAUAUCCCCUACUAUGCCGCUCAUAUCAUCGGUUCAUAUACGAUGGACAACCCCAAAUUUGCAGAAAAAGCCGUUCACUCGGGUGUGAUUCCGCCAUUAAUGGAGCUUUUGAGAGGCAAGAUGAGUUGGGUUGAGCAAAGAGUUGCAGUUCGAGCAUUGGGUCAUUUAGCAAGCCAUGAAAACACAUUUGAAGCUGUUGGUGUACAUGAAGUGGAGGUCAUAAGCUGUGGUAUGGAGAUAGCUAGCACUUGCCUUGAAGUUGUUUACGAGGAGUUCGUUGGAAUAAAAGCUAGAAAGAGACCCAAAUAUCAUUGUGAUUUGCUCACAAGGGGACAUGGAGGGUUGCAGUUGCAGUUAAAAAAAGCAGAGGAAUGGGCCAGUCAGCUUCAGUGUUGGUCACUUCAUCUAUUGAAUUGCUUUGCAUGCAAAGAAAGAUCACUCAAUCUCAUCUGCAACAAAGAGUUUCUAAACAAUUUGUGUGGAAUGUGGGGUGGAUUACUCAAUCUCACAUCUCCUGCAGGCAUUGGAUUACUCAAAACCCUUUCUUCAUACAAAACAGGAAGGGAAAAUGUAGUAAAGUCAAGACGAGUGCUCGAUAGUCUUUGCAAUGUUUCAAGAUCUUCAGAUGAUUGGCAAAACUUGGCCAUCGAUUGUCUUUUGUUGCUUCUCAAAGACCCCCAGACAAGAUAUCAAGUUAUUGAGGCUGCAGCAUUGUCUCUUGCUGAUCUAGCUGAACUUACAGGGCUUGGAGAAGCAAUAACUCAAGCUUUGUUGCAGGAUUACUGCAAAAUCAAAUAUGCGUUCUUGAAGCUGAAGAGCAAGGAAGCUGAGAAAGCAUUGGAAGAGCUGUGGGAUUUGAAGGUUGAGAAGAUUAAAAGAGAUAAACUUAUGUCUGAACAAGAGGUGGAAGAGAGACGCCUGUUGAUUGGGGAGAUGAAAAAACAAGGCAACCAGAAGUUUUGGUCUGGGAAAAUCGAGAGCGCUUGUGACAUAUAUUCAAAUGCCUUAGAAUUGUGUCCUUUAAACAUGGGGAGAGAGAGGAUUGUUCUUUACAGCAACAGAGCACAGUGUCAUCUGCUACUCAAAAACCCAGCAGCUGCCAUUAGUGACACUACUAGAGCUCUUUGCUUAUCAGGUACGGCGAGUCCUCACAGUAAAAGCUUUUGGAGAAGGUCACAAGCAUAUGACAUGAAAGGAUUGGGCAAAGAGAGCUUGAUGGACUGCUUAACGUUCAUCAACACUCGAAUGAAAUCUGAGCAUACGAAACGUGCAAGGAUCCCGUACUACGCAGCACGGAUGAUCAACAAACAGAUGAAUGCCACGUGGAUAUUUGCAAAUGCAAAGUCAAAACUUUGCAUGAAAAAGGACAGAACAGUGCAUGAAUUGGAGUCCAAAGGAAAAUACCAGCUGCAGGAAAUGAUGAUGAUGAGAUUAAUGGAUGCUAAGGACAAGGGUUUACCUGAUAGGCCGACCAUUGUAGAAGACCCUAAAGCUGAAAAGAGGAGGAGGAGGAAGAUGGAAAAAGCGGGCAGAAGGAAAAAAGACAUCGUCCGGAUUGAGAGAGAAUCAAGUGGUGUCGAUCACGGAGUAAGAGAUGGAAGGAAUUGAGUCUUCAAUUUUCAUUACAGAGACAAGGGUUAAGAUUAAUAUUUCAAUUUGUGAAGCUUAUACAAAAAGUAGCAUGUAUUUGUCGAUGGUAGAGAAGAAGCUACAAUGGUAGAGUAGAAGCUACAACCAUUGUAACUUUGAAUUCUGUCUCUUAUUUGUCGAUGGUAGAUAAGAAGCUACAAUGGUAGAGUAGAAGCUACAACCAUUGUAACUUUGAAUUCUGUCUCUUGUUAGGCUUACACAAAUACAAACCAUAAAAAAAAAACAUGAUAGCAUCCCUCUUUUUA